AUGGAGGGGCCGGCGGAGCUCAGCCCCGAAGCCGUGCUGCGCUUCCUCUCGGAGCGCGGGGGUCGGGCCCGGCAAGCCGAACUGGUGCAGCACUUCAGGGGUGCCCUGGGCGGCGAGCCCGAGCAGCGCACCCGCGCCCGCGCCCUUUUCAAGGAGCUGGUCAAUGCGGUGGCCACGGUGCGCACCGACGCUGCCGACGGCUCUAAGUACGUGCACCUUAAGAAGAGGUUCUUGGAGGGGGCCCCACCGUCCGAAGCCGUGCCCCUACGGGACCUGCCCAGUAUCUCGGUGACUCCAGAGCCCGAGUCCAGCAGUUGCGCCCCUGGGGCGCCCGACGGCCUGGUCGAGACCCGGGAGAGCGGCCUGUGCGCAGAGGCGGCGUCCCCCGAGGCGUCCCCAAGUCCGCGUUGCGAGCCGAGCGAUGGGGAGCCCCCGGCCGCAGCGCUUGGGCAGCCAAGCCCGGCCGGCGAGAGCCGGAACGGGCCGCCCCUGAGCGGCGGUGCCCCGAGGAAAAACUCGCGGCGAGACAUGCAACCUUCCCCCCAGGGACCGGUCUCCGGGCCCAGCGAGGACCUGGCGGCCCCGCCCCACGGCUGCGGCGAAAUGGACUCGGGCAGUUCCCCCGGGGGGGUAACCACCCCUAGGUCUACCCGCCAGAACCUCCGGGACCUUGUGAUGGGCAGCUCCCCGCAGCUGAAGAGGAGCGUCUGUCCCGGGGGGAGCAGCCCGGGGAGCUCCUCUGGGGCAGUACGCGGCAAAGGCGGGGGCGACUCAGACAGCGCAUCAGUCGCUUCGUCGUCGGCAGAGGAGGAGAGCAGCGGCGGGGGUUCAGUGACGCUGGACCCUCUAGAACACGCCUGGAUGCUCUCAGCCUCUGACGGCAAGUGGGACAGCCUGGAAGGGUUGCUCACCUGCGACCCCGGCCUGCUCGCCAAGCGAGACUUUAUCACCGGCUUCACCUGCCUGCACUGGGCCGCCAAGCACGGCAGGCAGGAGCUCCUGGCCAUGCUGGUCAACUUCGCUAACAAACACCAGCUGCCAGUGAACAUCAACGCCAGGACAAGCGGAGGUUACACUGCCCUGCACUUAGCUGCCAUGCACGGGCACGUGGAGGUGGUGAAGUUGCUGGUGGGGGCUUACGACGCAGACGUGGACAUCAGGGACUACAGUGGGAAAAAGGCUUCUCAGUACCUGAGUCACAGCAUCGCGGAGGAAAUCAAGAACCUGGUGGGAGCCCUGGACGAGGACGAUGGAGAGAGUGCCACUGGCAGCGGGGGUGGGCGUUGGAGGUUUUCAAAGGUGCUCCCUUCACACCUCAUCACCUACAAACUGUCACAUGCCCUGGAGGAUGGAGGGGAUCAUCACCAUCACCACCACCACCACCACCACCACCACUUGACUGAGGGAUGGGCUGGAGCCAAAGCAAAGGAUCCAGGUCGCAAGGCCCCCGGCAGCUCUAGCGGACGAAUAAAACCCAGACUCAACAAAAUCCGCUUCCGCACCCAGAUCAUCCACACUACACCCUCUUUUAGAGACCCGGAGCAGCCACUGGAGGAGGGGGAGGAGGAAGAGGAGGAUCGACCUCUUAAAGGCCACUCAUCCUCAUUCAAACUAAGGCCGAAGUCCAAUGUAUUUGGGUAAAAAUAAUUCCUUUUAGAAAAUUCUAGGUUUAUUGGUCUUCAGGAAUAGAAUACAGUGUAGGCAAGGAAGAGAGACCAGAAAAGAAGCUAAAUUCUACAUUCUUACUUGGGGAGUUGGAAUGGGUGGGAGGAAUUCCCCCUAGCAUUCUGUGUGAAGUAGGUUUCCCAGUGAUUUUUUUCAUCAAACCGUGCCCUAGGCCUCUUUUCCCUAUGCCACCCCUUUGCCCUGGAGUCCCUGUUUCUGAGGACUGGAAAUGUAUUUAAAUUGGGUGUACAGAAUUGAUGAUUGAGGGUUCCUUUGAUUUUACCAUUACUGGAUGCCAUGCAAAAUAAGGAAUAUUGCACUUUUAUGUUUCUGUUUUUAAAAGUGGUUACUCUUACAAGAGCAACAAGAAAUGCAAGUUGUAAUGAAAUUGUAAGUGUGAACAAAAUUACAUACUGCUCUGGUUUUUUGUUUUUUACUAAUUGCAUUUACCUUUUAAAAUACUACUGAAAGUCAGGUCAAAGUUGAAAAGCGACAAUACUAUUUAGAGAAUAAUGUGAAUAAAAAUGGUAACUUGUUUGUAUUGUAAGUA